CAGGAAGGAGAAGAAGAGGAAGGAGAAGAAGGCCACAUUGACAUCGGUGCUCAGGGCCCAAUAGACGACUGGAACCUUGAGGGUGAUGGUGCCUGCGGUGGUGGCGAGGAGUACCAGCAGCAGCAGGAGGGAACCCCUGAGGGUGACGGGAGUGUAGUGCCUGAAGACAGGCAGCCACCCCCAAAUCACAUCCGGUUCACUCAGGGGCAGUUGCAGGAAUUAGAGAGCAUUUUCCAGUGCAAUCAAUACCCCACCGGCCCAGCACGAAAGGAGAUUGCAAGACAGAUGGGUGUGACUGAAGCCAGAGUACAGGUUUGGUUCAAGAACAGGAGAGCCAGGUGGAGGAGACGUCAUAGGACACCAAGAUUCAGAAAUGUGCCCUUCAUAUGCCCAGGCCACCCUGUCACUGUAAUCACCAGUGGCCCCUAUAAUACCAUGUUUGUUCUGAAGCCUGAUGGGACGUGGGUUCGUCUGGAGCCACUGCCGCUCUGGCCACCUCUGUUUCCCCUGCCACCCUUGAUGCCUGUGCCGCCCAUGAUGCACCUGCCUCCUCUUAUUCACCUGCCACAUCUGAUUCACCUGCCACCGCCCAUGCCACCCUAUCCUCAUCUGUUCUUGCCUCCUGUGCCUUUGUUUGUUCCGCCUUUGCCUCCCUUUGGCCUGGCUUCAUUUAACUUGGUCUCUGUUGUCUUUGCCAACAAUUCAUUUGUAGUCCCCAUUUACUAA